UCUAAGUAGGGGUCGAAAUCAAACACAAGCUUAUACUUGAUUAGCAAAGGUCUUUUGAGUUUGCCGCGAAGUAACAGAUUUUAUUUCUCUCUGAAAUUUUUGAACCAACGACAACACCAUGAAACUACUCACGCCUCCUAGGGCUCUCCUCGCGGCGGUGCCCUUCCUCGCUGUUCCGCAGAGUGCGCUCCAGGUUUCCGCGUCGCGCGGUCAACACUUGGUCACGGAAGCACGCGAGGGCGUAAUAUUGAACGGCGCAACGCCUCAGGCACAGGCGCUGUUGGAGUGGAACGUACUAGCAAUAAAGGCGGACGUUGUUCCAUUUUCUUUGAUGCUGGGCAGUUUCAGAAGGCCAACGGACGGCGGCAGUAUGAAGUGCAGCGCUCACGUGCUGCGGCUCAAAAUGCAGGCUGUUUUUCUGCCGAAUCAGCUACAGGGCGCCGGCAAUGCCAUCGAUUGUCGGCAGGGGGGGCAGUUUUUAGCAGACCAAGAGGUAUUGCUUCAUUGGCAUAGCAGACAAAGCAGCAUAGAUUUGCAACCACUUUUCAGUUGAUGGGCUCCAAUUUUUCUUCUAGUUCGGGAAGCAUCUUUGCCUGGUCCUAUCGUGCCUGAUAUCGUAAGCGUAUGUAAAAGCAUUUUCUUACUUCCCCAAAAAAUCAUCUCUUCCAGAUCGCGAAAGAGUCGUGGGAGGAGUCGUUCUUGGACGUGUGGCGUUAUUUUGUAAAGAUUCCGGACCCCAAAGAAUUUGUUCGGGAUAUGCAUUCGGCAGCGGAAAUUUCGAACAUGGAUUGGGCGACGCUGCAGCCAGCGUUUCUCUGCCACGACCCAGUUUCUUGUGACCGCUAUUACCUGAAGCAGUUACUCUAUUCCCUGAUGGCACACGCGGCGACCGGUGCGCUGUGCUGCGACGGGCUGACGGAGAGUUCCGAAGCAGAUACAGAUGCGGAACCACCACGACAACGAGGCCCAAUCAGCGAUACCGAAGCUGCUGCGGACUCAGCGCAGGCGUUGCUUGCGCGCGAGUUGAUGGAGCGCACAAUCAGAAUUCCCGAAACUCGUCGUGGCAGCUCUUCGGAAGGAAGCACGGAGCUGCCCUCGUCUCCGGAGCGGCGCGCGACGCGGCGGGAAGCUAGCCGAGGACGGAAAGUUUUGAGAAAAGGGGAAAACGGGAAAGCGGUCGCCUACACCCACAAGGUCCGAGGACGACGUUUCAGGCGGCUACGAAAAAACCGCUUCUUGCCCGAUCCUCAGAAGCAACGAGGCGUGCCGCUAUGGGAACUCCUCGGCCUCGAUCCAGAAGACGUCGAGCCGGACUUUCAGGGGACGCCGAAGCACCCCGAUCGAUGACAUAGGUUCCGUCGGUGGAAAAGGAAAGGGCUCGCCGAUGGAAAGCGAAAGCGUUCGCCUUCAUCGGUUGUUGUCGUAUCAUGCUGAAGUUACCUUAUGAGCGAUGAUCUAGGGCUUAUUUUUUCAUUGAGCCGUGAUCUUCAUCUUCUCUCCCCGUGACACGAUUUUCAUUGGAGUCCUGAACCGAGAAUGACGAUGAAUACAUGCGAGAAAAUCAAAUGGUCCAUGGGACCGCUCGCGCUCUCGGCGCAAGCGCAUGUUCGCUACGUCAUGCGACUGCUGUUGAUCUGGUAACCAAAGCGUACGCAAGCGCGCGCGAGACCACCAACAGAAGGCAAA